ACUCCUCACCUGUUGUCUCUUCCGAGAAAAUGGGAUUUAAAUAUGAACGUUACAAAGUGUAUAUUCUUGAGAAAGGUGUAUGCACAUCAGUUUCUUUUUGUGUUGGAGAUACGGAAGUUUCAUAACUCAGUGGUAAAUAAAUAUCAGAUAGGAGCAGGCGUUGGUUUUCAAAUCCAAAGUUAGUUGAAGGAUAGGUUCAGUGAAUAAUGAUACAAAAACAAGCAAAAGUUCAUGAUAUGUUAAAAACCAUAACAAUUAUUGAAACAAUUUUGUUGCGCGUUAGUGCUCCAGGUUUGAUGAGAAUGGAUGAUGUGGAUGAUACAUUUAUGCCAUUAUCCAUAAAUGGCAUAUCAUUGACAUCAAGAAAUGAUGAUAUUUCAUUGUCACAAGUAUCAUCCACAAGUCGCUUAUCACGAUCUUAUAUGAAAAGUAGGAAAAGUACUGGGUAUUGGUCUAAAAGUAUCUGUGUUGGAAGUACAGUAGAAAGUAUGGUAACCAAAGUAGGUAUGAACCAGUGUAAAGAUUCACAUCGUCAGCCUAGUGCAAAUAGAGUGCAGUUCUGCCCAGUGUGCCAAGCACCAUUUGACAUUAUGAAAGUUUAUCCUCAUGUACAUGUACAUGAGUGCAACAUCAAGUUUGAUGAGCUGGAAGAAUGCCCUUUGGGAGAAACCUGUUUUAAUGUUAGUCUUCAUCACUAUCGAGAUUAUGCUCACACAGCCUUGGCAAAGAUGAGAGCUUCCAAGGACCAUCUGCCACAAUGUCUACAGUAUGCUACUUCAGAGAAAGUCUAAGAAGGAAGUCGCAGAAGUCCCACACCGUCAGAUGUCAAUAACAUCAUAUUUUCAGUCAUCACGUUCUGAAAGAUCCUCUGCUGAUGGUGGUACUAAAGGUGUUAAAAGUACCAACUCUUCUGUUGUAGCAUCUCAAGACUCACAUUUCUUUAAACCAUAUGAUUUGAAUACAGCCAGGAAAGAUUAUGUAGGAAAUUCAUGUGAUGUACCAAAUCAUAAUAAAGAGUUUGUUGUGACACAUUGGAAGCAGCUUCUGCAUGGAAUGAAACAGAAAGGUUUAUCUACUAUGAAUGUGAUUAAUGACAGCAGCUUAACUAUCACGUCCAAUAGUCACACUAGUGCCAGUAGUUUACACUCACUGCAGCAGUAUUCAGGAAAGAAGACUUGUCCCUACUAUAAAAGAAUUCCAGACACAUCAUUCGUGGUGGAUGCAUUUCAAUAUGGCAUUAUCCCUGGAAUAUCACAUUAUUUUUUGUCACACUUCCAUUCUGAUCAUUAUGGAGGACUGAGAAAAUCAUUUUCAAAGCCGAUCUAUUGUAGCAGAAUAACAGCUGCUUUAGUAAAAAUGAAACUUCGUGUGGAUGAGAGGUACUUGCAUGUGUUAGACCUGGAUGUACCCCAAAAUAUUAAUGAUGUUCUGGUCACAUCAAUGGAUGCCAAUCACUGUCCAGGUUCUGUCAUGUUUCUGUUCCAGCUUCAGGAUGGCCGAAAUUUUCUUCAUGUUGGUGAUUUUCGAGCUGACCCAAAAAUGGAGUCAUACCCAUGCUUCUGGAACUCUGAGAUAGAUAAACUGUACCUUGACACCACGUAUUGUGAUCCAAGAUACAGUUUUCCAGUGCAGUCGGAAACAAUCACAAGAGUGGUAGAACUGGCGAAAGAACAUCAUAGAAUGGUGCCUUCUACAUUGUUUGUUUGUGGUACCUAUACAUUAGGUAGGUUUUAUAUUUGUUUUUGGAUGUGGCCAGCAUUAGCUCAAUGGAUAACAUCUGAAGAUAUGACAAAAUAUAUUCUUAAAAAGAUGUGUAUGAAGGUUAAACAUUAGUUUGCACUUAUUAUUCACAGCUUUAUUGUCCUUUACCAUAUUUACCUAAGUACCACACACAUUUCUUCUGAAGCUUUACAGUAUAUUUGAUGAUUUUAUUUGAGUACCAGCAGAUGAUGCUGUGCAAGGAUAUAUACAGAACAUAUCAGUAGAUGUGGCAACAUCAUUUACAUAAGUUGUAUAGGCCAUUAGCAAAGCAAGAAGCUUGAGCUACAAAACUUUUUCUUGCAGUAGGAAGGAAGGAAGGAGUAGGUGUGUAUUGCUACUUGUUGCCAAUCAUUAUAAUGCAGAACUUGCUAAAUAUAGCAUUCAUAACCAUGCUGCUCCAUCAUUUACAAUAAGUUUUAAUACUGUUUGGGUAAUCAUAAUUACUUCUGUAGAAAAUGUAUGACACAAAAUGUCUGAUCAUUUGUUGUCUGUUAGGAACAGAGAUUUUAAUACAAGCAGAAUCAUGCUAUGACCAGAACAUUCAUUUUGAGUAAAUGUUGCAUCUGAGACGGUAGAAAAGAGAUAUCUUUUUCUACAAAGCAACAUUGACUGGCAGGCUUUUCAUGGGCAAAGCAAAAUUUCCAGGGAUAGAAGAUUAGCUAUCUUCAUUAAUUGUUCAUGCUACUACAAUUGGAGUUGGACCUUCCACAUUAAUUUCAUUCUGUAUGAGAUUUUAAAUUCGCAUGGUGAGAAGUAUGAAGAUGGCUUUCUUCUGGGAUUUUACACCAUGUAGCCUGGUAGAUACUGACUGAAGUUUUAGAUGAGCUUACUGCCUACAUCAUUCAAGACUGCAGUACAUUAACCUUUCGUCUAUCACAAAAACUGGUCUAUUCUGGUUUUGGAAGAAAAGGAACUGUUGUGCAACAUCUGGACAUUUCAUUAUGUAUGGCAUUUUACCAGUGCAAUAUAGAAUUUAACUAGGAGGAGGAUUUAUAAUAUUUGUAAAUAUCUAAAUAUUUCUUGUACAUUGUUUUAUUUCUAAUACUGAACAUGAUAGGCUAAUUCCUUUCUUUCCCCAUAAGCUGUAAAGUAUACCAAACACAGUUUUAAUAGUUUUCUACAAAUGUGCCCCCAUAUUGAAAGGUGCUUUGUGGAUCUACAUAUCUCACAUGUGUACAUACAAGCAACCAAUAGUAUAUAUUGGGCAGUAUUAAUAUGUUUCAUGAUAUAGAUUUUUGGCAACUUUUUUUAUUAAUUAUUAUUAGUUUUUAUUUUCAUUACUAUAUUUAUGGUUCUCAGUAAGAAGGGCUUAGGUCAGUACAAACAGUAUUUGGCACGUGCCCUUUAUACUGAGCACUGAAGAUUUAACCUUUUAACAGCCGCCAUUUCCAUCUCACUAAUUGAGGAACAUUAUUGCACACUGCAGUUAAAGGUAUUGGAUUGAUUUAAAUUGCCUUUAUUAAUUAAA